AUGGACAAGUCUUUGAGCACUCGCGCAGAAAUCUACGCCGUAUAUGUCAAGUCCACGCGAACAAACACGAUCACGACCCUCACGCGGCCAAACGGCAACCCCGUGCGGACGCUCACGGGGGGCAAUCUCGGGUUCAAAGGCGGAAACCGCUCGAGCUACGAGGCAGGGUACAAAUGCGCAGUGGAGAUAUUCAAGGCGCUGGAGGAAGAGAUGAAGAAGACCACCGAGCCGAAGUGGCAGCUGUAUCUCAAUGGCUUUGGGCAGGGCCGAGAAGCCAUACAGAAGGCGUUGAUGGCGACAGAGGGUCAGGUAGUCAAGCCCAACUUGAUCCGCGUAACAGACAAGACGCCAAUAAAGAUUGGUGGUACGAGGGCACAAAAGAGGAAGCGGCGGUGA